CCCACGUAACUUAGCCAUUCCCAAAGGAGUUUCAACUUCAGAGGUUGCCUUCGGUGAAUUUGUGGAGAACGUUGAUUUUUCGCGCCAAACAGCACCUAUCUAGAGGACGCGUCAAAUGCCCCAGGCUUAUGGAUAUGACUGUUUGACACAAUUUUAUAUUGAUUUUUAUUUUUACAUAUACCUAUCUAUGAUGUUUGAUGAAAGUGAAAAUUCUUUCUGGAAGAUUAAUUAUGUAAAAGUGUUAAUCCUGUCAUAUGGAAACAAAUGGGAUGGUGAGUAAGUUUUUCAAUGCUUCAAAGUUUAUUAUUUGCAGAAGUGAAAUCGAACCAAAUAGUAUAUUGACAUUGCAAAGAGUUGUAAUUAAAUCAAAGAUCAGGGGAAUUUUAAACAAACAGAAUGCUUAGUUCUAUGAUCUCGUGCGAAAUCAAAGUUACAGGAAAAUGACAGACGGAGAGAAUAAUGGAUUAACAGUAGACAGUUAACCAUUUCUAGUUAAAGUGAAACAGUUUGUUCGACAUGUCGUUUAAUAACAGCUCAUCAAAACCCAUUGAAAGGUUGAUUCAACUUUUGCAUACAACAUGUGGCCUAAUCAAUGGAAGUAAUAACAUUCAGAUUACUGUAGAAAAUGGUAACCUUAUUCAUAACUGUACUAGAACCCCUGACGAACAACCAUCAGGGGCGGAUCACGGCGCUGUCCUGUACAUUGUGGCAGUUCUGGUGUUUUACUCAGCCGGCAUUGUGAUCAUGUUAAUCAAAUAUUCUAGAUCAGAACGGAAACGAAUGGAAGAGGAGGUGGCUCUAGAUUUCUUUUUCAAGGGAAUGCCUUUCGGCAAAAGCACAAAAGAACAUAACGUGAACAGUGUUGCUAUCAGGGCCUUCCAUACAAUGACUAUGUCCGCAUACGAACCCAGCAAAAAUCACAUCAUUCCGAAACCCUUAUUGGAGACGGACGUCUGACACGCUCCUGACGGCAGGCUGUUAGAUCUUAAUCCCCGACAGAGGGCGAUGUUGACAGAAGCAGUCUUCACUGUUUACAAGAGGCAGCUGUGUUUAACCCUUAUAUCGUCAUAAGGAAAGGCUGUUUAGCAAUUAAGCUCCAUAAAGCUAUUUAACGAUAUUGCAAACAGAAUUUUCCAAAUUAAGUUUAAGGAAAUUUAAAAUCUGCCAACAUAUUUUAAGGGAUAUAAUGAAUGUGAGAGAUUUAGUGAUGGAAACAGUCAAAUAAAUCCAACCUAAUUGCUACUUUAUGCAAUCUUGGAAAUACAGAAUUAUGAGUUUGCGAAAUUUAAUUUUAUGCUUUUAUUUUAGUACUCUAGUUGAUAGGAUUUGAUGAUGACAGUGGGUCCUUUUUUUUUUUUUUUGGUGUUGUAAUUAGUCCCUACUUGGAUUGUUAAUCUUUAUGAUGAUAAUCAAAGCUACUAUGUGAUAUGUAACAAUUAUCUCACAAAGGUGCCACCUUACCUGACAUUCCAUAUUGGUUCAUGAAUUUCUUAUUUUUAACAAAUCAUCUUCAUUUGUAUAUUUUCAAAUUGGUGAUUAAUAAAUGAAUACUUUAUUUUAAA